AUGUCUGCCUCGCGGCGGCGCAUCUGUUUUCAGCAGGUGCGCGUGCUGGACGUACUCAUCGAUGUUUUCGCGGUCUUCCUCUCCCUGAGGCGGGCCGUCUUCUCUGCGGAGGUUCUGGCCGGGACCAUGUUCUGGCAGGUCCUCGACGUCUUCAUGGUCCUCUCGGAGGUUCUGGCCAGGAUCUGUCUCAAGCAGGUCCGCAUGCUGAGCGUGCCACUCGCGAUGUUUUUGAGGCUGUUCCAGUUUGUUUUGCUGCUCCUGGACAUAUUGAUGCAGACGCUGCACAUGUUGAUGCUGAUACAAUCGGUGGCGACGCUCAACGUCACCGUGCUGCGGAAGGACCGGUUGGAGACCAUCCUGGGCCACCAGGCCCUGAAGCACGUGGACGUCCUGCUCCUCCAGGAGGUCCUCCUGGCUUCGAGCACCCCGGGCUGGGUGAUUUCGACGGCCCUCAAAUACGGGUGGCGGGCAGCUUGCUCUACGCCGCCAAACCGGAACGCGAAGGGCGUCCCCAUGCAGGGUGGGACGGCCAUAUUCUGGAGACCAUCUUUGGGACAGGCCGCAGUACGCCGUGGCUCCCACCGCUACGUGGCGAUCCGUGUGGCUUGCGGCACCUUUGUCAGUGCCUAUGGGCCCGCUAGCUGUACGCCGGUGCCCUGGAUGGAGGAGGUGAUCCAGUUUGCAGAACAACAUUCUUCGGGCUCAUCUAUCUGGGUCGUCGGGGGUGACCUCAACUGGCGGCCCUGCUACAAGCAGUGCGUCUACGACGGCGUCGACUUGUGCGAGGCCCAAAGCACCACAGUUAUGAACACAGCUCCCACGCGCGUCCUGGCCAAGGGCGCUGCUCUCAUGCAGUUGUCGUCACAGUUCGUGGAGGGCAUCCCCUACCACGCCCUGGUUACUUACCAAGUUGGCGUGCUCCACGCUCCCAGGACAUCCAAGCCCUUGAAGCUGAAGUACGGCAGCGUCUACCUGUCCUGCCCCGUGCCGACCCUCUUUUUGAGCGCUGGCAUCGAUGGCACGCGCGAGCAGAGCUUGCUAUGCAGGCUCAAGCGGCUCGGUCGGCGCAUAGCCCAUGGUCUACGCGAUGGUCCACAGCGCCCUCUCGAGGGCGGUCUCUUGGAUCAAUUUGUACGUGAAUGCCUACGUGGAUACAUCGACGUCGACGGCUCGGGCGUCCCAUCCUACGGCAGAGCACAUUACCUAGUGUCUAAAUCAAUCACUCGCGAGCAAGGCCGGCUCCAGAAGCAGGUCUCGAGCGACUGGAAGCAGCUGUUCAAAACCUUCACCCCUGAAACUUGGAAUGCGGCCUCCGGGGUCCUCAAGCCAAGCGGGGAGUGCCCACGUUUCAGAACAAACGACAUGGCCAAGGAGUGGAAACAGAUCUGGUGCCCACCCAGCACUUUCGACGGCAAGCAGUGUGCAGAGCAGUGGAAAUGGUACGCGUCCCAGAUGCGCGAGCCGCUUCCCACUUCUACGUGUCCAGCAGAUUGGGUUCCCACUUAUGCUGAUUUUGUGAAGGCGGUGAAGAAAGGCAAAGGAAGUGCCGGCUAUAACGGCUGGCAUUCUUCCGAGCUCAAGCUCAUGGCCUCCCAGCUCGAGUUCCUAGUGCGGGAAUUGUAUGACCUCUGGUGCGACACCUGCUUCUUCCUCGCGGAGGCCGGCCUUGCUUCGGAGGAGGGUAUCAAGUUCGGGCGCCAAGACGCCCUGCGAGAACUUCAACGGCUACUCUUCUGCUGGCGCGUCGUCGGCGUGCCGAAAAAGGAUCCGACACAAAGCCGCUCCAUCGGCGUGGGGUCGUGCUUGCUCCGGUCCUGGCUGACGGCCUGCGAACCAAGCUUACCUGCGCCACAAGAAGCUCAAUAUGCGUGCAAGUCUGGGACAUCCGUUGUCCACGCGUGCUGCCUUUGGCUCCGAUCUUGCGAGGAGGGCGAUUGCGGCACCGAGAGAGACUUAUCGAAGUGCUACGAUAACGUUCCCCACGAGGUUGGGCUCGCUGCGCUGCACAAGUCGGGCACGCCCCAGCUGGUCACUGCCGUGGCCCACGCUGCGUGGACGGGGCCCCGUAUAUGCCAAGUUGCAGGGGAGCUCGCUGACGCAGAAAUCUGGCCGACGCGCAGCCUGGCCCAGGGCGAUAGCUGCGCGCCAAAAGUCUUAUGCGAGGUCCUUUCGCCGUGGACUACGCACGGCACGAAGUUCCUCUUCAUGGAUGACCGGUCGCUGGUCUACUCUUCCAAGGCGCAGCUCGACUCCGACAUCCAGAGCACGGACGAGUUCGACACUGGCACAGGUGCCAUCGAGAACGAGUCCAAGCGGCAGCGCUGGGUGCGCGGCCAAGGCAAAGCCAUCGAGCACGUGGGCAUUCUGGCUGUACCUGAUGACCCAGACGUGGACAUCACGCCGGGGGCUGGCUGGUCCAAGCUCCACAAGCGCCUCGAAGCCAUCCGGGGCCUCCCAGGAUCAGCCGCGACCAGAUCGCGCGCUGUGGGCGCAUAUGCGAAGCCCCUGUGGCUGUGGUGCUGCCCUGUUUUCUCCCUGGCGCCGCCCCAGGCCACGGGCGAGGUGAUGAGGGCCGUCUUACGGACGAAAUGCACGUGGUGGUGCAGGGGGCGCUUCUGGGCCCUCAACUUCAACCUGCACCCAGUAUUUACCACGGUUCUCACGGCGAUCGAGAGGAUCACGACGCGGGACCUGGAGUGGAGCUCUUUCUUGAAGCACAAUUUCGAGCAGUACCUGGAUGCCGUGGGCCUGGACUUCCUGACCUUCCACGAG